AUGUCCAAGCUCUUCUGUCUUGAAAUUCUUCAAAACAUGGCGUUAAUUUGAGUUUUUCUAAUUGAUUUCAUUUUAAAUUUAACUUAUUAACUAAAUAUCUGAUUUGGAUGGUAAUCAUUGAUAUUUUCAAGAGAAAGUUUUCUACCUGAGCCCACGUGACCUCAGUAACUUUUUUUCGUGAUUGCUACAGAAAAUUGAAAGUGAAUGUUUUUAUGGAAUGAUGGUGGAUAAAAUCCGUAAUGGUGUUCUUGUGUAAUUGAUUAAAUUAACAAUUAUGGAUCUAGACAGUGAAGACCAAGCGCUUCAGGCUGUUUUAGGUCGAGAAGAUUUCAGCGGGAUAGAUAACGAAGCCCUUGAUUUCACUGAUUUAGAAGAUUAUUUAAAUAACGACAGUGAUAAAACUGGCAGCUAUUUUCAAAAUGAAUUAGUUGGCAGCGAUCUGAAGAUAUGUGAAUAUCCAACUAAAUCUCAGAAAACAGUAGCUGCUUUGAAUGCAAAUUUCACUCGCCUCGCCAGCAACCAUUGCCCCAAUGGAAAUCAAACCAUUCAACCUUUGAUCAUCGGAAGUCUACCCAGUAGGGAGAUAAAUUCCAUACCACGACUAAAUCAUUCUGUUUAUAAAGCAAAUCAGAACAUCAAUGUAAACCUUCCAGAUAGUCCACCCGAUUCUGGGUCUGAACCAGCUCUUUCACCGGUGCAUACAGAUAAUUCUUUGAAUGGAAACGAAGGAAAUCCACAGAUUACUACAAUGAUGCAGGCUUCAGGUGAUAUGAAGUAUAUGGGUUACAGCAAUACUCAGCCACUGAAGCAUUUGUCAGAAACCUCCCUGACGAUGACGCCUCCCCUACAAAUGCCUACACAGGCUGUCCAAGCUUCAAUACCCCAACACUCAAAUGUAUCUCAAACUUUAUCAGCUGUGCCAAGUCAAAGCGCUUCAGUUGGCUCCAUGCUCAGUCAUUUGCAACAUCCCAUCACAAACACACUCGCAUCUGGGCUUGGUUUGCAGCAACAACCACUCGGCCCACAUACACCUCAUUUAACCUCCUUGUAUGACAGCAAUGACGAUUUUCUCUGUGAUAGUCUAGACAGUAGUAGCAACAGUCAUAAGAAAAGAAAACUGACUGAAAACCAUAAAAAUGUAGUAAAUAGCAAUCUUCUGAAUGGCAUGAUGAAUGUCAAGCAAGAAGCUGGUGGAAUAUCUCCCGAACCUCACACAAAUACUCCUGUUUUAUCCACAACUGAUGAUGAAUACAGCUUUGAUUUCAGUGGUCCAGAUGGGUCUGGAAUGUUCUUAGACUCUGCAUAUCAGUGCAUAAGAUUUCAGCCUUUCCAACAGAAUACGUGGGCCAUCUUGUGCGAUCACACUCUGAAAGAACUCCCUCCGCCAAACUUCAGGGUGGAUGCAGAUAAAGGUUUUAACUUCAGCAAUGCAGACGAUGCUUUUGUUUGCCAAAAGAAGAAUCACUUCCAAGUUACUGUUCAUGUUCAACCAGUAGGGGAACCGCGAUAUGUAAAGACACCUGAAGGAGUGAAAAAAAUCGAUCAUUUCUUUUUGAAUUUUAAUGGUGCAAAAGUUGAAUCACCAAAUCAGACAAUCAAAGUAGAACAGUCACAAUCUGAUCGAAGUAAAAGACCUUUUCACCCUGUGCGUUUGGACCUAGUUCCAGAUCAAGUAUCAAAAACAACUGUUGGUCGCCUGCACUUUAGUGAAACAACAUCUAAUAACAUGAGGAAAAAAGGGAAACCAAAUCCAGAUCAAAGAUAUUUCUAUUUGGUUGUUAGUUUGUGUGUUGCUUCUGGUGAUCUCAAUUACACUAUUGUGGCACAUGCAUCAGAAAGAAUUAUUGUCAGAGCUUCAAACCCUGGACAGUUUGAAAAUGACAUGGAAUUAUCCUGGCAAAGAGGUCAAUCUGCUGAUUCCAUUUAUCAUGCUGGCCGAGUUGGCAUCAAUACUGACCGACCAGAUGAAGCUCUUGUAAUUCAUGGCAAUUUAAAAGUUACAGGCCAUAUAGUACAACCUUCAGAUGCCCGUGCAAAAACAAAUGUUCAAGAAGUCGAUACAAAAGAACAGCUAAAAAAUGUGGCAAAUAUGAGGAUAGUACGAUAUGAGUACCGACCAGAAUUUGCUAAGCACAUUGGCCUGGGAGAAGAAAAUCGCACAAGUACAGGUGUCAUUGCUCAGGAAGUACAAACGCUUAUUCCAGAAGCAGUCCAAGAGGCUGGUGAUAUUGUGCUACCAGAUGGGCAACAUAUACAAAAUUUCCUUGUUGUAAAUAAAGAACGCAUUUUUAUGGAAAAUAUUGGAGCUGUAAAAGAACUCUGCAAAGUUACAGACAAUUUAGGGACUCGUAUUGAUGAACUUGAAAAAGUAAACAAAAAACUUGCGAGUCAAAGACUUAAGAGACUUGACAGCUUGAAAUCAACAUCCAGUGGUAGCACAGUUACUAGUCAUGGUGGCUCACUUAAAUCAUCCAAAAAGUUCUCUCACCAUCAUUAUCAAUAUCGAAGUGCUCCUUCAAAACGAUUAUGUGGGAAAGAGCAAUUCUUUUGCAAUAGAUUCUAUUUCCAAAUCCUUGUAGUCAUUUUAAUCUUCAUUAUGGCCUUUUGUGUUGUAGCAAUGGCCUCAUUGUAUUUUUUCGAGUGGAGUAACCGACAAGUUCCUAACAAUCCAGUGAUUAUCAGAGAGAGAACUUUUUUCAAUGUAACUAAUGUAAAAGAAAUAUCUCCACAACCGUUCCUUGAAUUGGAAAAAUCGAAAUCAAGUAUUGAAAAUUCUAUAGCUGUUCAAGAUAAUAGAAAAGAAACCAGAAUUUUGGAUAUUAAUAGAACCGUUCCAAAUCGAAGAAUAGACAUUGGGAAAUAUACGACUCCUUAUCCUGGAAUUUCAUCAUUGAUGACAUCUCGUUAUUACCAAAACCGUUAUCCAACAUUUGUUCCUAUUUUGAAACCGAGAGUAAUUGGAACCCCUAACCAUUGUCGUUUCCCACAAAGGCAAAACAUACAUUGUGAUGUUCAUUGCUGCUCUCUAACCGAAUCUUUGCAAGCAUCAAAUCUAGAUAACAGUGAUGAACUCUCUUAUCCCAUUAUCCCUAAAUUGGAAUCCGCUUUGCAUUUAUAUGAUUUCAAUGAACCUGAACUGAAUGAAGAUAGCCCAGUGGAAAAAGAUGUCUAUGACUCCCGCUUGGACAUGAACUCGUCCCCAUCACCAACAGAAGCUGAUUACAGUAACAAGCAAGCCUCCAGCACGCCACAACCACUGCCUUCAAAAAAUGAUCAUCCUGUGCAUCAGAAUCAAAUCAGACAAACCAGAGACCCAAUAAAUUCACAACGUAUGAAACUUAUUAGCGAAAAAAAUGCAACUGAUGAAUCAAACAGUGCAGAAGUAGGGAAAAUAGGGCUUCCGAAUCAGUUGGAUCAGAAAUUAAAAAAUAUUUUAAAGAAUGAUAAGGUCUUGCUGGCUGCUGUAGAGGCUGAAAAACGGAUACGUAGAGGAACUAAACCUUUCUCAAGAAAAGACCUACCAAAAGCGAUUGAGUCAUUGAGAUUAUUGGAAAUCAAUACUACUCUUGGACAUGGAUAUUGUAAUACUCUUCAAUGUGCUCAUCGGACCGGUCCUCGAUUUAGUUACUUGAUUCCAGUUUCCAAGUAUAUGGUAGAGGAAUACAUCACAUUACAGUUCAAUCUUGCAGUGCCUUUAAUAGUAGACCACUGUCAACCUGAUGAUAAACCUGUUGCUUGUCCUGUACCACAAAGUGGAGCUGGGGAUCUCCCACAUGAUUAUAUUAGAGAUCAGAAUCUGACAGAAGAGGUGGAUCCUAGUUGGAGGCUUCCUGUUGGUCUCUAUUUAAGAAGCACCUACAGAUUCAGAGUUCAGACCAGGACUGUUGUUUCUGAUACUCCUUGUUCUCUUCCUGCUACUGAGUUAGGCUACUCUUUUAUAGAAUUUAUUCUAGUAUUUCAAAGGACAUGUGAUAAAUAACUAUCUCAUUUUCUAAAAACCUGAAGAAAACCAUGCUGAAGUAGAGAAGCUUCUGAAUUCUACUGUAAAUGUGCCAUUAAGUACUCUUUGCAAUUUAACAAAACAUUAACAUUUACUCAAUAAAUGCUCGAUACUUUUUUUUCCCUGAAAUGAAAGGAAGCAAUGAACCAAAUCUAACUUAAAACAUGACUGUUGUCAAGUUUUCAUCUUUUUUAAAGUGACACUGAUUGGACACAAUUUCAUGCCGCAAAUCCUUUGUAAAGAUCUUGCAUCAGAAAAAUGCUACUGAAUCUAUUGACUUGCAAUAAAAACUGCAUUUGACUUAAAGGAAAAGAUUGCUCUGCUUUUUUUCCCCACAAUUUUAAAUGUAAGAUAAAACUGAAAAGAGAGGUGUACCAUGUCAGCACAAAUUUGAAGUCAUCGAUGACACAUUCCACCUUAAGAAUCUCAUCUGAUAGAAGUGAAGAAAAGAACCUUUUGUGAUACUGUUUGUGAAUGUCUUCAUUGUGAAUACAACAUAGAAAUGUUUUUAAUUUUACUUUAAUAAUGGGUUUUAAUAUGGGAUUUGUGCCUUUAUGUACAGUUUUAAAUAUCUUUUUAUCUAAAUAUGUCAUUAUGUAAUGUGAAAGUAGUUUAUAUAAUACAUUAGUUUUUUAACAUAUUUUUUUAAAAUCAGAUGAAUUUAAAUAUAAGAAUUUCAUAUCGAUUGUAUAUCAGAUAGUUUUUAAUAUAUUCACUGUGUAUAUCAAUAAAUGGUCUAAGCAUUUUUAAAACUGCACAAGAAUCGUUUAAAAAUCAUUUUUUGUGCUUUUUGUUGUAAAUUUAAAUAUAUAUAAAUGAGAAGAUAGUACUUGUUAUGUGGUGCACAAUUUGUUUUAAUCAAAAAGAGAGAAUCAUGUAGCUUAUAUUGUAACAAUUUUCCAUUCGUUCAUUUUCUUAAGAGUAUUAUUACUGGCAUCUGUUUUAUUUUUGUUUAGAGCUUAAACAGAAAGUAAUUAUUCUCUUACUUCCAUGUGAUAAAGUCAAU